AUGACCACUCUGUGUGGGAGUUCGGUAGAAAGAGUCUUAAAGAUCUGUGAUGAAGUCUCAAAAGAUGUCGGUAUGGAGACAACGCCUUUCGUCGUCGAUUGGUACAACGACUUUCGAAUAGAAGUUGCUCCGGAAUUACCACAACUAAUUGAAGUUUCCGGAAGGAAUCGUUUGGGCGUGAUUUGCAUUUCUAACAAAAAUUUCUUUCGAGGAAUUUUGACGGUAUUUUUUCCUUUGAUAGCAGUAGCAGCGUCAUCUGCUUGCGCUUCUGUUGCAUUUUUCACUACUGUUGUUACAUUGGCCAUUCCUAAGCUGUUUAAUAACUGGCAGAUGAUUGAGGACAAUGGGCGAUACUGGAUACAAGCAACUGGUGAUACUGUUAAGAUGAGGGGUGUUGACGAACAGACUCAUUGCAAAGGAUCUACGAGAGGAGACCUACGGACCCCUCUAUUACACGAAAAAGGUGGUUGA